CCGGCCGGCCAUAUCCGCGCGCCAGAAAGAAAGAAAGAGAAAAAAAAAAACCAACCAAACCAAAGGCGAAGGAGAGAUGGAUCCAUCCGUGCCCGCCUCCAUAUAAAACCGGCAAACAGGAGAGGGAAAAAGGCGAAGAAGAAGAAGAGAUCGAUCCAUCGAAGAAGAAGCGCGUAGCGUCCCACUUUCCCUCUUCCUCCUCCUCCUCCUGCUGCUGCCGCCACCGCCUCCCGCGCGCGCGCGAGAGAGCGUGCAGUGUAGCCUCCAGCCACUCGCACAGCCGCGGCGCACUGCACCAAACCCCGCACUACUUUUCUUUGCUGUUGCUGCUGAGUGGGGAAGGAGGGGAGGGAGUCCAUGGCGGCGGUGAUGCACCGGUCGAGCUCGGACGGCGGGUCGAGCAGCGGGUGGUCGGAGGCGGCUGCGGCGGCGGCGGGGGAGGAGAGGGCCGGGUGGGAGGUGCGGCCGAGCGGGAUGGUCGUGCAGGCGCGGGAGGAGGGCGCCGGCGCCGGCGCAGGAGGUGGUGGAGGAGGGAUCCCGCCGAGGCCGCCGCCGCCGGAGAUCACGGUGCGGGUCAAGUACGGCGCCGCGCGGCACGAGGUGGCCGUGUCCUCCAUUGCCUCGUUCGGCGAGCUGAAGAAGCUGCUGGCGGCGAGGACCGGGCUGCUGCCGGCGGACCAGAAGCUGACGUACAAGGGCAAGGAGCGGAGCAACUCCGACUACCUCGACGUCUGCGGCGUCAAGAACAAGUCCAAGCUCGUCCUCGCCGAGGACCCGACCAGCGUCGAGCGGAGGUACAUCGAGCGCCAGAAGAACGCCAAGAUCGAGAGCGCCAACCGCGCCAUUGGCGCCAUCGCCCUGGAGGUCGACAAGCUCGCCGAUCAGGUCAGGAGCAUCGAGAAGUCGAUCAACCGUGGGAGCAAAGUUGCCGAGGUGCAGAUCACGACGCUGAUCGAGCUGCUGAUGCGGCUGGCGGUGAAGCUGGACAGCAUACACGCUGAAGGGGACUCAUCUUCCCAGAAGAACAUUCAGGCGAAGAGGGUUCAGAAAUGCGUGGAGACGCUGGACGUUCUCAAGAUCUCCAACGCGCGGUUGCAGAACGUGAUCGUGACGACCAAGUGGGAGACGUUCGAUGCUCCGGCGACCACGCAGUGGGAGCUGUUCGACUGAAUCAAAAUCAGGUGAAGCCCAGAAAAAAAAAAUGCAUAGCAGUACACAUGGACAUGGUGUUCGUUUUGGUUUGCGUCCGGUUGGUGUUCUUCAGUUCUCUUUCUCAUGUCAGUUUUUGUGGCAUGCGUGGCACAUUGGUUGUAAUCAUGGUUGAGAUGGUAGAUUAAUUAGGUGGUAGAGGAACCGAAAGCCCCGGUGUUAAAAUUGUCUGUAAUCAUCGUCUGUCAUACCUCCCCGACUUGAUCGAUUUGUGGAUGGAUCAGUCCAAUAAAACAAAAGCAGCAGCUCUGUUCUUUUUUACUUUUCA